GGAGAUAAAGCGUCCAUCGCGGCAUUCGGUUCUUCAACUAUCUAAGUUCAGCUCUCUGUUGAUCAUGAUUCAGGGUGAUAGGACUUCCGGCCAGUCGGCGGCACCUGUGCGCGUGUCAUAAAUCAGCUCAGGUGGGUGUCCCGGCGUGACGUCAGCGCUGGGCAAACAAACGCGCGCUCGCGAGCGCUCAGGCAAGGUGAAGUUCAGUUAAAGUAAAACUUUCAGCUCGCGAGGAAAAUGUCCGUGAGCUUCCUGCUGGACACGGCCAUGUACGGCAACCCCGCGAGACACCUGAACCUCGGCCACCAGCCUCACCUGAACUACCCGUCUGCCCCAUACCCGGACUACAGCGGGUACCACCCUGGUCCUGCCCUCGGGAAUGACCUGCAUCACACCGGCAGCUCGUGGAGUCCCGGCUUCGGCCCGGGUUCGCGUGAAGAGUGGCCGCCGCUCUAUGGCCACGGGACGGGUCACUCGCUGCCGGUUAACGGCGUGGAGGUCAACAUCAUUCCGCCGGUGGAUCAGGCGCUGCUGGAGAGAGAAGAGCCGCAGGACUGGAUGAGACGAGCCGCGGGUCCCGGGAACACUGGAGGGAAGACGCGGACGAAGGACAAAUACCGAGUGGUGUACAGUGACGUUCAGCGCCUGGAGCUGGAGAAGGAAUUUCAUUUCAGCCGAUACAUCACCAUCAGAAGGAAGGCGGAGCUCGCCGGGGCCCUGAGCCUAUCAGAACGCCAGGUGAAGAUCUGGUUUCAAAACAGACGAGCCAAAGAAAGGAAAAUGAACAAGAAGCGACUGCAACAGGCUCAGCAGAGCUGUACAUCCACACCUCCCAGCAUGCCCAGUCACGCCAGCACCACCAUGGUCUCCAGCACCAACAACGCUUUGAUGACAGACAAUAUAUCGACCACCAUUAAAGAGGAAUACUGAGAACCUUUCAAACUGAAGGACAAACGGUUCAUGUUUA